AUCAACAUCACCUUCUGCAACGGGUUUGACCUUCCACACGGCGCUUUAAUUGCUAUUGUUCUCCCAUGUAUAUAAACUCUCUCACCGGCGCGCGCGUUGAACCUCUGUCUAAUCGUCACGCACCCCAGCUUCUACUAAUAGUAGGGAAUACCCGGGCCGCGACCUGAACAUUCGCAGCAAACAUAUCGUGGUGUGGGUUCUGGAAACAAUCAACACAAAAUAGCCCGGGAUUCAAUCCGCUUUUGAGCAACUUGAAGUGCUUGCGGCCUGCGAUGCCUGGACACGACAGUGUUCGCGACGACAUAUUGCUCAUGCUCCCGGAAGACGAUCGCGCACAACUGCAAGGUCGCGCCACUCACCAAGUCCGUGAUUGGAUAAUAGCGAGAAACCUCGCCGUUCAACGCUACUCGUCGAUUCUUCAAACCGUUCUCAAUGCAACCCUUGCUGUGAAAUCGUUGCCGAACGAGAUUUUCGUCGACAUCCUGGGUUUAGCCAGCCCGGAGCAAGACUAUCGCAACACAUGGAUCACGAAGGCUACGGGAGUGUGUCGCUUCUGGAGAGACACCAUAAUCAACACACCGCUCUUAUGGACCAAAAUCGAUCUGACGGCGAAACCACACUUCAUAGAGCUAUGCCUCGCUCGCGCCAAUGGCGCAGACAUCUGCAUACGUCUGCCUGAUCCAUCCGGGGGGUACCUAAAGAGAAGUGUCAACGUCGACUUCCCCCAGGUCGCCCCUCUGCUCAUUCCUUGUAGUUCGCGGAUCAAGCAUAUUGACCUCUAUAUCGCCGAGGCCUCAAGCAAUCACGUACCGACGAGUCUAAUGCGGCAACUAUUGGACGUCCCACUGCCUGCGCUCACCUCGCUGGCCCUGAACUCGAAGGGAUUACAAUGGGCACCCAGUCCUCAGGCUCUCCAUAGUCUCCGGCACCUGUCCUUAGACUUGUCUGCCGUCACACCGGACUGGAUGAAACUACCAUUGUCGCAGUUAACAUCCUUGACGCUUUCUGAACCUCGAUUUGUCGAGAAUGCACCAUUCGCAUCCAUCUUGGGUGUCCUAGAAGCAUGUCACUCCCUGGAAUUCUUCAGAUUCGAGGGCUUCGAGGUAGACUCCGACGCACCAUAUCCGACUCGUACCCUAUCUCUGCCUCAGAUUCGGCACAUCUAUCUCAGAGGCAUGCCACCGCUGGGUACUCCGAUACUACUCGCUCAGCUCUCGCUACCACAACACGCUCGUCUGUCGCUUGAGCCUUACUUCUAUUACGGAGAAGUCAUCACUCGUGCGCUUGACGUGUUAUUGCCUAAGGACACGAGGAGUCUGCCAGCCGUCUGCAAAGCGCAGCGCCUGAUGGUAUUGAUCGACGCGGACGAGCCCGACGAACCCCCCGAGCUCAUUGUCUACGCUGACGUGGAUUGCACCGAGUACUGGAACUCGAAGCCCUGGAGGUCCCCGGAGUACGAGUUACACUGGGAUUUCCCUAAUCAGGCACCUUUCAAGGCGGUACCAUCCUUCUUCGUCAGGCAUGAAGUCAUUCCAUGGCAGGGAGAUGCUUUGAAGGGGCUCCGAUUCAUCAUGCGAGAACUCGGUGAUUUCUUCACCGCCACUGUGGAGACCCUCGUCCUACGCGGAAUCACAAGUCUCGUCGACGUGCAAACAUGGGCUCAAACGAUGGCGGCCUUCCCAAACCUCAAGGAGCUCGAGAUCAUUGGGCAAGACUGCGAUAUGCAUAACUUCCCUGCCGCACUGGAACCGACGUCAUCCGGGGUUCCCUGUGCGCAGCUGCGCGACGUUGUUCUGUUAUAUCGGCCGAGGAAAAGGUCUGGGAGCCUCAGAAUGUUGCAAGGACUUCGCACGGCGCUGCAGAUGCGCCUAGAAGUGAAGGGCGGGUCGCGCCUGCGAUCUCUCAGCCUCCUCCUGGUACCGGAAAGGAACGACAGGUUGUUCCCGCCGGCGUUGGUCAUGGACCAACUACCGGAUGUGUUCCGAGACACGCUGGACAGCUUGAAAUCGGUGGUGGAGUCGUUUGUGUUCAGAUGUGACACUGACUCGGAUGGAGGGAACAUUCAGAGAGAAGAUGGAGAUGGGAGUGAAGGCAGCAUGGAAGGGGAAGACGUAGAGAAAGAUACAGACUACUGGGAAACUUUGGACGAAGAGAACGAAUUUGGGGAGGACUCGGAGGAGGGAGCCUAA